AUGAUGGCAUCUGACGCGGGGCAGCCCAUGCCCGCUCGCGCUGGGGAGCGCCACGCAGGGCCGGUGCGGGUGCUCGUGGUGGACUCCAAGGCGUCGUCGCGGGAGCGCAUAGUGGCGUUGUUGGAGCGCUGCGCGUACCAGGUGCGUCGGGGGCCCGGGCGGGCCGGGAGCGGCGCUGGCCGCGCGGGGCCUGUGUGUGGGUGCAGUGGGAUCGCGCUGCGUGGGGCGCCGGCUCACGCCCGGCGGCUGCCGCGUCCGCAAACUGCAGGUGUGCGCGGUGAAGACCAGCAAGGAGGCCCACGAUGA